AUGGAGUGGACAUGUGUUUUUAGAGAAUAUUUUGCGCUUCUAUGGAGAAAAUCAGUCCAUUUCUACGGAGAACCUGGAGAAUUUACUGCUGUUAAUCUCAGAGAGGAGGUCUGGUUCUGUAACAGAGGAGAAUCCACUGGGAAACCAAGCGUGUGGGGUUACGGCUUUCUGGCGGUCACUGUCAUCAACUUGGCGUCCCUGCUCGGUCUCCUGCUGAUCCCCUUCACCAAGAAGUCCUACUUCCCCAAAGUGCUGACCUACUUCAUCGGCCUCGCCAUCGGGACGCUUUUCUCCAACGCUGUCCUGCAGCUCAUCCCGGAGGCUCUGGGUUUUGACCCCAAAGCUGAUAACUAUGUGGCGAAUGCUGUGGGGAUAUUUGCAGGGUUUUAUAUUCUCUUCUUUGUGGAGAAGAUUCUGAAAAUGACGCUCCGGGUCGACCAUGAGGAGGUCCAGGUGUCAGGUGUGAUGUGUCACUGGCUGCGUGGUAAAAGGAUCUCCAGCAUCAAGACGGUGGCGUGGAUGAUCACUCUGAGCGACGCGCUGCACAACUUCAUAGAUGGUCUGGCCAUUGGUGCAUCGUUCACCGUGUCUGUGCUGACGGGGUUCAGUACGUCCACCGCCAUCGUGUGUGAGGAGUUUCCACAUGAGCUGGGUGACUUUGUGAUCCUGCUGAACGCCGGUAUGAGCGUCCCUCAGGCCAUUUUCUUUAACCUGCUGUCGGCGGUCUCAUGUUACGUCAGUCUCGUGUUUGGCAUCCUGCUCGGAAGCAACUUUGCCCCCAACGCAAUCUUUGCCAUCGCGGGAGGAAUGUUCCUGUACAUUGCACUGGCAGACAUGUUUCCAGAGAUGGACAGCAUAGCACGGGAACAGAAGAAAAUCUCCACUAAGAUCGUCUUCUUCCUGAUCCAGAACGCCGGGCUUCACCAUCAUCCUGCUGAUCACCAUGUUCGCAGGAGCAAUCAACCUGGGAUAGAAAGAAGGAGAGAGAGAAAAUAAACU